AUGGAUAAAAAUACUCAGGACGAUCUAACAACCAAACACAGAGAAGUAAUAUUGAAAUAUUUAGACAAGACGGAGGAAGAUUUGGCCGAAAGUGUGAAGUUGAUGAAAAGUUGGUUCAAAACUCAACCGCAUCUUCCAGAAGUUCCAAGUACUAAAAAAAUUGAAUUCUACAUAGUAAAUAACACCUUUAACUUAGAAUCAGCAAAGACAAGGAUAGACCAAUUUUAUACGUCAAGGAGCACGCUUACCGCUAUUUUUGACACCUCAAAUCCCAAAUCGCCAGAGCAGAAGGCUGCGAUUGACUCAGCUCAAAUUGUUCCCUUGCCAAAAUUGUACGAUGACCUGUACGGUGUUAUUUUGUUCAAAAUGAGGGAAAACAUACCAGUAAACUUGGACCCACACUGGUGGCUUGGAGCUCUAGUCAAUGCACACGAGGUUAAAAUACACGAGUCUUUGAUGCUGAACUACAUCGUAGUUUAUGAUUUAGAGCACAUGACACUAGGCCAUCUUCUAAAGAUUACUCCAAUGUUCGCAGUAAAUUCCAGUAAAAUAUCAGAGGUAAAAAAUCACCUCACUGCAGGAGUUCCUCAAGGUUCUUGCACCAACACUAUACGAUGUACGACAGUAACUUCACAAAUUCAGACGAACAAAUACAUUCAUACUAGUUUAGCUACGUGGAUAAAAAAAUAUGAAGAAUACCAAGAACAUUUCGAUAGGUUGGAUACCUUAAGGGUCGACGAAUCGCUUCGACCCAAUCCAGACGUUCCCAAAGAUUUGAUUGGACUCGGGUUUGACCAUUUUAGGAAGAUGUUUUUUGACAGUUAG